AUGCUUGGAGAAGGACCUGAGGACGUCUCUCGUCCUCAUGUCCCACCACUGUGGGAAACGGAAAACCGUCCCGUGGACGAUACCCCCGACCUCCCUCAGCAUGAAGAGACCGGUCUCCCAUACUUACCCGUCUGGCUACGGGAGUCAUCCAAAUCCAUUCGCUGGGGAUGGGUUCCAUUGCCGCUACGCAAAGCAGGCUGGGCGAUAGCUGACUGGGUCAAGGGCCCGAAACCUCCGCAAUCCCUACUAUUGAAGCCGCUGUUUCCUCGCUAUCAAGAAUUGCCGGUUCGGUUACUCGAGCGCUUCUUUCCCAAACGCAAGCAUAAGAUCGCAUUGCUGGCACUGCUGUAUUUUGUCUGGUUUCUGCCCUGGACCAUUGUCUUGCUGCAUUCGCGACAGGGCGGUUACAUCGAAGGCUAUGGACGACCGAAGACACUCGCUUGCUCCACGAGUCUAUGGCAGUCUGGCAAUGACUGUGGCCUCAACGGCAACGACUGUCGCCCCUUCUCUGCAUCAACUAUGGCCUUCCGGUGUCCUGCAAACUGCCGCGACUCAAAAUUGCUCCAGCCGCAUACGAUCGGCAACCAGACGUACAGCUACCAGGGCCUGGUAGUGGGAGGUCCUCAACCAGAAUCCGAUGAGCCUGCCGUGUAUCGAGCAGAUAGUUUCGUGUGUCAGGCAGCCAUUCAUGCGGGCGUGAUCACUAAUGCGGUUGGUGGUUGUGGUGUAUUGAAGCUGGACGGCGCCGCCCAUUCCUUCCAUGCGUCAAAGCAACAUGGAAUUCGCUCGGUUGAAUUUCCGUCAACCUUCCCCAAAUCGUUCAGCUUUGUCGAGCUGUCCUCAGCACAGGCAACCUGCCCUCAAGAUCCUCGCUGGCCAUUGCUAGGCAUUACCAUUGGCGCACUAAGUCUUCUCUGGCUGCUCUGCGUCUCCCCACCUGUUCUGUUCUUCAGCACGUUUGUCAUGCUGUUUUGCCAGGUGGGACUGGUUUCUGAUCCGCCAUCGAUCUCUCAGUUUGCCGACCUUUUCUCAACCAUGUUCUCGCGACUCUUGCCGGCGUCGUUUGUGGCCUUCGUCCUGUAUAAGUAUUGCGCACGGCCGCUUCUGACCCCGCUUUCCGAGCCAAUGUACCAGCUGACUAAAAUGCUCCUCUACCUGCCACCUGCCUUUAUUGGUGGUCUGAAUAAUUACACUUUCGCCAGGCUGAUCCCGCUCGAGCGUUUGACUCCUCAUGAUAUCCAGAAGCAGCCCGGAGCCAAGGUUGCACUGGCCCUGGUGAUUCCCACGGUGGUCUGCAUCAUCUUGAGUCAAGCCUGGCAAAUUCGCAUGGGAGGCUUAAUGCCUCGCUACCUCAAGAUCUAUUGCACUAUGGGUCUCAUCCUGCUGAUCUUACUCCCACUGCCAGGUCUGCGCUUGAGAAUCCAUCAUUACAUCCUUGCCAUCCUUCUCAUGCCGGGAACGGCCCUGCCUACGCGCCCUUCGUUGAUCUAUCAGGGAUUGCUAUUGGGUCUCUUCAUCAACGGCAUCGCUCGCUGGGGAUUUGCGUCGAUCAUAGAAACUCCCGCCGCCUUGGGCGAGCAAGCCCCGGGCCCUGGGGGUUCGCACGGAUGGUGGGGCGGGACCUACCCCAAUGUCAGUGAUUCCUCGGUCUCCGUCUCCCUUCCUGGUCCUGGGUCUCCCGAAAUACAUCACGGAAAUGGAAAUAUCACUUUCAAUCUCUGGGAACGGCAACGUAUGGACAAGAUGGGCGUAGAUGGUAUCUCUGUAUUGGUGAAUGACGUCGAGCGCUGGCGCGGCUAUCUGGACGAAGACAAGCGGGGUGAGUUUAUAUGGCAUCGACAUGGACACAGAGGGCUGGAACUGCAACAUCGACCCACCAUCGAGAGUGACCAGCUGGACGUCACUGUGCAGGACGAUGAUUCUGAGCCGGAAGACCUUUUCUUUCGGUUCGCCUUCCUCAAGGGUGCGGAAGCCGGCAAAUACGGUGGAGCCGGGGUUUGGCUACGGGAUGGAAGAUGGAUAUCGCCGCCUCCGCCGAAGUCGUAA